GCUGCGGCCGCUUGCUCGUAGUCGUGCGUCGACCUCGUAGAGCGACAUACGCGCGCUUUCGUUGCGUUUGCGCUCGCUAACUUACGUACGUAAAGGCGAAACCAUAAGACUGAAAAAGUGUUGUUCAUUUUGAGUGCGAAUAAAUUCAAUUAAACCUAAAUAAAAUUAAUUUAAAACAAUUUGUUUCCAUCGUAAAUUUAGAAUUAUUACUUUUACAUCAAGUAUAUUUUAAAUUCUUAACUGCAUUUACCAUUCUAACGAUGUGUGGCGACUUGGUGUUUAGGCAUUUAGUGUUAAUUUGAGGUCCACUUAGAGAAUAGUGCUGAUGAUGGUUACUUUUCCGUGGACUUACUUCCUGGUGGUUUUCUGGAGCUUUGGACUUACCUGCAGCAAAGUUCACAACUUCCUAUCGACGGACGCUCUUACCGACGGGGAAAUGGAGAGACUGAUACAUUACAAUGGACUGACCGCUAAGGAGACUUCGGUGGUGGCCAAAGGCGAUAAAGAGGGCCAGAGCCUGAAGCUCCGGCAGGUGACUGAUGGAGUCCACUUCAUCCAGCUGAUCUACUCAGGAGACGGUGUCCUCAGGGACUGCGAGUACAUCAGGCAGCGGCAGGCCGUCAGGUCCUUCCUGGAGAGUGUCCGGGAGGCGGUGGACUCCAGGGGGAACGUCACCUCUCUGGACGGGAAGAGCCUCCCCUUGGAGCUCGCCGAGUGGAUGGACUACCCUCUCCUGAAGGAGCAGUGCCGCAGGAUACACAGGAAACUGAAGAGGCUCGCCAGGAGAAAGAUGCACGGCACGGAGCACCAGAAAAGGAGAGCCAAUAAGGAUAUAGAAAGGUCCAGGCGCUCCUUCUUACAAGAGUACUUGAUCGCCCCAGGGACCAAGUGGUGCGGACAUCACCACAUCGCCUCGGGGUACGCCGAUCUCGGCCACUUCUUCGGGGUCGAUAAGUGCUGCAGGGCCCACGAUAUGUGUCCGAGAAUCAUUCCCGGCAUGUCGAACGAGUUCGGGUACCUCAACAUCAGCCCGUUCACCCUCAGCCACUGCGCUUGCGACAGAAGAUUCCGAGCGUGUUUAAAGAUGGCAGAUACAGGAUCUGCCAACUUGGUGGGGAAACUGUUCUUCAACGUUGUCCAGACCAAGUGCUUUGUCCUCAAACCUGAGAAAAUAUGUGUCCAAAGAUCAUGGUGGGGGAAGUGCAAGAAGAUGCAUUACAGGAAGCAAGCUCAUAUUAGAGACAACAUGCCGUAUUGAAUACGGAUCGUCACUUCUAACUGAAAAAUUUAUCGAACACACGUGUUGGACGUUUUACUAAACUUUGAAACGCUUUUGUGAAGUACGAUAGGUUUUAGUCGGUAAAAGAGUUGUAAAUCAAACUAAAUAAUUUUCCAUAUCGGCUUUACUAGUUUUUAAGAACUUGAUGUAAAUACGAAAGUUGUUGUUGAGAGUGUUGUUGUUUCGUGUACAAAUUUGAUUUGUGUAAAAUAAUUUACUAUACGAGACCAUUAACUGUUUGUGUAAAAAAGAGUAUUAUUUUGCAAAGUGCUUCGCACUUUGUUGCUAUUAGCUUUAUUUGUAACGAAUAACGUUAUUUGUUUUCAACGAGUUAAUUCAUGUUGUGUAAUUUAGAUAAUAUUGGCGGAUUGGAUUUUCUAAAUUUCGUUCAAGAGAAUAGAUAAAUCAGGGAUGUUUUAACAUAAAAUAUGACUUAAAAUCUUCAUCAUUGGUGGAUGAAAAAAUUGUGUAGUAUAAUUGAAAGUAUAAAUUAUUAGUGAAUGUGCUGUUUAUCACUUACACAAACCAUACAUUGAAAAAAGCUUAAGUUUUUUACUAUGUCAUCCCAAUAUUCAAAAUUGGUUUAUUAUUUUCCAGGAGAUUUCUUCUCUUCUAAGUGUGCCCUUGAAUAUAACCUCUAUAUUCUGCAUGAUGAAAAGAUAUGUUUUAUGUAAAGUUUGCUACUGCCAUUCUAAAUUCCCUUACUUCAAUGGAUCCAAUCUUUUUAAUUUUUUAAGUGAAACAUUUGUCAAACAAAAUGUUGGAGAAUGAAUCUAUCUAAAGAUGAGUGUAAAAGUUAGCAAUAAUAAAAGUACCUACUUAACUAUUGUAAGAUAUUAGUGUUUAAGCUGCAUUACUCAUUUCAACACAAACCAUUCAUUCGAAAAAAAAAUUGUGAAUACACUUUUACCAGAGAAAAAAAUAUUAGGUUCACAUAUUGAGUUUUUGUCUAAAAGUAAUGUUGAAUUUGUUAUAAAUUUGUGGUGAUUUCGGUAAAUAUGUUGUAAUUGGAGCAACUUAUUCAAUAACUCUUUGUUGACUAUUGUGGAAUGGUCACAGAGAACUGUUUAUUAUUGUUUCAGGGGGAAAACACGGACAUAACACAACCAAAGAGUGAUGGCAUGUAAAACAUGACACAAAUACACAAAAACUACUAAAUCUGGCUUCGGAAAAUGUGACACAGACACAUGAAACAACAACAAAAAAUGUUGGCUUGUGAAACAUGACACAGACAAAAAUAUACGUGACACAGUGAAUAUUGUGCUUGUGCAACACAAUUAACAAUCCGACUUGUGAAUCAAGAACACAGAAUCUAUGUAAGCUAGCGACACAAUAUCACUUGGACAAGUAAAUUUGUUACUUAGAUAAGAAGAACAACAUCAAAUUACACUUAAUUAGUAAUUUUUUAACAUAUUUUCUCAACCAGCUUCGUAGAUCUGGAGGAACAUAACCAACUUGGCACAAGUAAUCUUUCAAGAAUUUAUAUUUAUAACAGAGUAUCAUGAAAAGAAGUUUGAGAUAGUUAUGAAUACAUUAUUUACUAAGAUUACAAGCCACUACUACUACUAACACAAUUAUCUCUUUGAACUAUUCACUACGGAGGCAACAUACAAUAAGUUUGAUUCAUAUCCUUCUUAAAGUUGCUCCAAUUACACUAUAUCCUUAAAUGGAAAUAUUUAUUCAUUCAUAGAAUGUUUUGUUUUUUACCAUCAAAGCACCUUAAUUAUAUUUUUUUAAAUCUACAAUACUUCAGCAUGAUCAAUCAAAAUGUGAUUUUACGUUUAAUAAAAGAGAAUUUUAUUAGUUUUAGCAUAAAUUGGUGACUCUUUGUUUUAAUACAUUAAUGUUAUUUAAUUUAAACGAGAUUUAAAUUCGGUUUUAUUAUUAAAUUAUAUGAUUUUUUGGAUGAUUUAUGUUAUUUAAGCUGUUGUCAGAUAUAUUGAGCAAUAAAUGAAGAGCAAUAAACAGCUAAUAGUUGUGAUGUAAAAUUAGUAAAUAAUUAUAAGUGUACAAACUGAUAGGAUGUAUAGUUUAAAGUGUAAAUACAUUCUUAAAAGUAAA